UACAACUCACGCAGGUGAAAAUACCGCAGGUCGCGGUGUUCGUUUGCUGCAGUCGCAGUCGUGCACCGAUCUUGAACUUCAACGGUUUACCGGAAAAUCGCUUGGACGACGUGUGUUGGAUAAAAAUUGUGCACCAGUAAUCGAUCUUUCAGCAAGAUGUUCACCUGCGGGCUUCUGAUUGCCCUCCUGGUCCUGUACGUGAUCUGGGACGUCAACUACUUCAUACGAUGCGUGGCAACGCUCGGCUAUGGAAUGCUAUUCCAGCGAAAGCGGAAAGUGACUGACCAAACGACCAUCUACGGCCUGUGCACCACCCAGGACGUGGACAUCUUCAUCCGGCACAUGAACAACGCUCGUUACAUCCGCGAGCUGGACUUUGCCCGGUUCCAUUUCUACGGGCUGACCGGCAUCUAUGGGAAAAUCAAGGCCAAGGGUGGCGGUGCCGUGCAGGGAGCGUCCAGCGUGCGCUACCGUCGAACCAUUCCGAUCUUCAAUGCGUACAAAAUCACCACCAAGUUGGUGUGGUGGGACGACAAGGCGAUCUACCUGGAGCAGCAGUUUGUCACGUUGGCCGACGGAUUCGUGCGGGCGGUGGCCAUGUCCAAGCAGUGCAUCACCAAGGUCAACGUGCUGGAUCUGAUGAAGGAAUUUCCGGGAGUGGAAAAGCAACCGGAGAUGCCUGCCGAGUUGCAGCAGUGGUUGGAAUCGAUCGAAACGUCCAGCCAAAAACUUCGGAAGGACAAGUAGGGUGUGUACCGAGAUAACCCAAAGCAGCCUGGUGUCCAGAUGGCUUUCGGAUCAUCGAUGGCCUAGGAUACUGUUUGUAAUAUUUAUUGCAUUCCCGUGGAGCGGUAUAUAGAAUUAAUAAUACAAAAAUGUUUAAUAUUUAAAACAGACUAAAAUGCAUUGCCUCGAAUAAAUAGCUCUUUUUCCAAAGGAA